GCUUCACAAAGCACACUCUCUUUUUUCACAAAUUCCCUUUUUUUUUAAUUUCUGAUUCUUCAGCUUGAUUGUGUUUCUUGAAGGAAAAUGUCAAAUUGCGCUUUUUUGAUUGAAGAUUAAAUAUUUUUUUAGAUUAAAGAUUUUAGGUUUCUUCCUUUUUUUUCUAUUGUUGUUGAUUUUGCUAGUUGAUGAUCAUGAUGGAGAAUCCCUCAGUAAGCGGAGUUCAUGAUUUCAAUAUGGCUUCAAGAAAAGCUGGAGAAGCAGCUUUGAGACGAUAUGAGGCAACACAAUGGCUAGAAAGUCAAGUUGGUUCUCUUGGAAUAUCUAAGCAACCCUCGGAGCGAGAACUUGUUUCUUGCUUGAGAAAUGGUCUAAUUCUUUGCAAGGCCAUUAACAAGAUUCAUCCCGGAGCAAUACCGAAGAUAGUGGAUACUCAAGUACCAAUGCAAUCACUUGCCUGGGAUUCACAGCCUUUGCCUGCCUAUCAGUAUUUUGAAAACGUUCGCAAUUUUCUUAAUGCUGCCGGAGAAUUAAAGCUUCCAGCUUUUGAAGCUUCUGAUCUUGAAAAGGAAAGUGUAGAGAAUGGAUCAGCAGGAAAAAUUGUUGAUUGCAUUCUAUCUCUGAAAUGUUUUCAUGAGUUGAAGCAGAUGAACAAUCAGAGUGGAACCAGCAAACGCUUGAAGUCUCCUUUAGUUAUGCAAUCAAUUAGUAGAAUGCAACAAGGAGCCACAACUGCAUUACCCUCUGAGGCUUGCAGGCGCUUGGAUUUGUCUGCAGCAUCUGAAAAAAAGCCUCCUGCCGAGAGUAAUUUUCAAACACGAGAAGGAAAUAUGGAGUCACUUGUCAAGAUACUAGUUGACCGAAUGCUUGAUGCCAAAGAAAAUGUCGAUGGAAAGAUUGUUGCUUCUAUUUGCAAUGGAGACCUGUCUUUACUGCAGGAUCCAAUAAACCUAUUUAAUCAGGUUUUGACUAAUUGUUGUGGGGAACAGCCAUCUAAGAAGUUCCCUGAGUUGCCAUUGCUACUAAAGAAUUUUAUAAAAGAAGGGAGUAGCUUACCAACUAAUCUCACUACCAAAAGCACAAAAUCAGAUGUUUUCUCUACACCUAAAAGUUCCAAGUGCUACAGAGCUUGCCUUGGGAAGUGCACAUGCAAUCACAAGCUUCUCAUAGACAUACAGAAAAAAGAACUUCGGGAUCUUAAGGCUUUGAAGUUGAGAAUUAAGAGUGAGUUUGAAGAGAUGCAAUCACAGUUUCUGAAUUUUUUCAAUGAUAUAGGAAGUCAAGUAAAUGAGAUGUCAGCCAAAGCUGUUGGAUAUCACAAAGUAGUGGAAGAGAACAGAAAACUAUACAACAUGGUCCAAGAUUUGAAAGGUAAUAUCCGAGUAUACUGCAGAAUCAAACCUGCAUUCAGGGUCGAAUCCAAGAAUGUGGUUGAUUUCAUCGGUGAAGACGGUUCUCUAUUCAUUUUAGAUCCAUCAAAAACAUAUGGAAGAAAAUCUUUUCAGUUUAAUCGGAUUUUUGGUCCAACAGCUAGCCAAGAUGAGGUUUAUAGAGACACUCAACCAUUAAUUAGAUCUGUGAUGGACGGUUACAACGUUUGUAUUUUCGCUUAUGGUCAAACUGGUUCUGGGAAGACUCACACUAUGAGUGGUCCUUCAGGUGGAACAUCCAAGGAUAUGGGGAUUAAUUAUCUGGCUCUUAAUGAUUUGUUUCAUAUGUCUAAUGAAAGGGAGGCUACCAUAAAGUAUGACAUUUAUGUCCAAAUGGUUGAGAUUUACAAUGAACAAGUAAGAGACCUACUUGCAGAAGACAAAACCGAAAACAAAUUAGAGAUCCGGAGCUGCAACGAAGAUGGUUUAAGCCUCCCUGAUGCUAGAUUGCGGUCAGUGAAGUCUACAACCGAUGUUAUGACCCUUAUGAAACUUGGCGAGGUUAAUCGUGCUGUCAGUUGUACUGCAAUCAACAAUAGGAGUAGUCGCUCCCACAGUGUACUUACUGUCCAUAUUAAUGGCAAAGAUACGUCUGGCAACGCCAUUCGCAGUUGCCUUCAUUUAGUAGAUCUUGCCGGAAGUGAAAGAGUGGACAAGUCUGAAGUCACAGGAGAUAGACUAAAGGAAGCACAAUAUAUUAACAAGUCUCUUUCUUGUUUGGGUGAUGUGAUCACAUCACUGGCUCAAAAGAAUUCUCACAUUCCUUACAGGAACAGCAAACUCACACUUCUUUUGCAGGAUUCCUUAGGCGGACAUGCUAAAACUUUGAUGUUUGCGCAUGUGAGUCCCGAAGCAGAUUCCUUUGGUGAAACGGUGAGUACUCUUAAGUUUGCUCAGAGGGUUUCCACUGUAGAACUUGGGGCAGCCCGGAUAAAUAAAGAAAGCAGUGAGGUUAUGCAACUCAAAGCACAGGUUGAGAACCUUAAGACUCAGUUGGCCAACAAGGAAAAUUCAAAACCGAUGUUCAAUAGAACUAAGGAACCUCGGACUCCAUUAGAAAAAACUCCAUUACGACCUCGAAGACUUAGUAUUGAAAAUUCUAGCAUGUCAAAGACUGACAAACCUGUGAAAGCUGAGGAUAAAAGUGGAGCCAAGUCACCAUCUUACAUUCCCCGUUCAAGAAGACUAAGCUUGGAAGGUCCAAGAACUAUAAAAAAAGCUGCUGAUGUAAACAAAACUUUACAGUUUGAGCCAAUGUCUCAACAGAAAUAUCAUCCACGGCAAGAUCUAGAAGCAGCAGUGUCAAGUCUAAGUGGCCAAUUGAGCAAUGAGAAGUCCAUAUCCGAGUUGCAUGCUGAGGAUAAAAGUGGAGCAAAGUCGUCCUCUUCUUACAUUCCCCGUUCAAGAAGACUAAGCUUGGAAGGUCCAAGAACCAUAAAAAAAACAUCCGCUGAUGUAAACAAAACUUUACAGUUUGAACCAAUGCCCCAACAGAAAUAUCAUCCACAGCAAGAUCCAGAAGCCGUAUCAAAGCUAAAUGGCCAAUUGAGCAAUGAGAGUUCCACAUCAGCGCUGCAUGCUAAAGUUCCUCCAAGUGCUACAAGCAUCUACCCGAAGAGUUUGAUAGAAGUUGAUUAUGCGGUCCAAACCCACCCUCAUAAACUACCUCAAACACCUGAAUCAACAUUGUUAGAUAAAAAUGAUUCAAACAGAAUUGUGACAGGUGACCUUGCUGAUUCCACAACAACAAAGGGAAAAGGGUCCCAGUUAAGAAGAUCCCUGAGAACAAUUGGCAAACUGAUUAGUGGCCCUGAUAAAAGAAGCCAACAAACUACGGUUGAAGUGAAAUCACCUAUCAAGGGAAGCAUUCAUGCAAGUCAGAUGAAGUCUCCGGUAGCAUCUAAUGAGAGGACAAAAAGGAGGCAAUCUUUAACAGGAAUUUCAUCUGGGCCCAGCAAUAGCCGAAGAUCCUCUCUUGGAGGGAAGCCAGACCCUGUAGCAUAUGAGAAGGAGAGAAAUGCCAGAACGCCUCCUCCUGUUCGUUCAGAAAGCAAGACUGCAAAAAGGUGGCAAUAGAUAUUAAGUGCUUUGACUUGAAGCACACCAACAAGCUCCAAUUUGGUUGGAGUUUUUCUGUUUUUACAUCAACAAAGAUGCCUUUGUUUUUACAAUAUUACCAAGAUGACAAGAUAGUCGGUGUAGAUAGGGGUUUAGUGAUUUUGGACUUUGGUGACUUUGUAACUUUCUCUAUCUCCCUCUAAAUCAAUCAAUCUCAACAAAUAACUUAUUUUAAUUAUUCUUUCCUCUCUCAAAUAUUAAAGUUACAAAGUCACCAUACAAGCAAAGUCACUCAGUGUUCUCCUCUCUCCUGUGUAGUUUCAGGAUUUAAAAAAGAAAUCCAAAGGGGCUUGUCUCACCUUGUAAUAAUAGUGACAUACAAACACAAAAAGUUGAAGAUUUCAAUUUGAUCACUGAGAUUAAUAACUUGGUGUCUUACCUUGUAAUAAUAGUGACAUACAAGGUUUUCCUAUAUUAAAUCAUCACAAACGAAAACUAUCUUAAAUUGUAGAUUUUUGUCUUCUA